UUUCAUUCAUUCGAACUCUUAGUCUUUAGUUCUUUUUGUAAAAAGUAUAAAAAUUCUAAACAAAUUUUUUAAAAAUGAAAGUGGUAAUAGUUUUGGUCUCAUUAUUUGUAAUUGUAUUAUCAAAACCACAGCGUGGAUUUCAACAAUAUUCAAAUCUUCGGGAUGUACCAAUUUUAAAAUAUAGCAAUGACUUUAAUCCUGCUGAUGGAUCAUACAGCUAUAAUUAUGAAACUGGUAAUGGAAUUCAAGCACAAGAACAAGGAUAUUUAAAGAACCGUGGUAAUCCACAAACUGAAGCACAAGUAAUGCAAGGCUCAUAUAGUUAUACUGGACCCGAUGGUGUUUUAUAUACAAUUACGUAUAUCGCUGAUGAAAAUGGAUUCCGUGCUGAAGGUGCUCAUAUUCCAACCCCGCCACCAAUACCUGAAGCAAUUGCUCGAUCAUUGUACGGCAACACACCAUCACCGUCAAGAUUUGGAAGAAAAUAGGCAAAUCAAAUGUAUUAUAAUGUUUUGUAUUUUUAUGAUUUUGAUAUGUAUUUUUUAUUUUUUUUGCA